AUGGAUUUGAAAUCAUGUCUCCAACUGAUGUUCAUACUUGUCGCCGCCAUAGCACCUCACGCCAUCAUGGCGCGCCAUCUUCACACCCACAAGUUUUCUUCAUCUAUAUUUCCCCAACAUCUUGUAGGAAGUGGGAAGGGCCACAACAUGGAAGGAAUCCACAACGUCAGAGCUUUCCUCCAACGUUAUGGUUACUUGAGCACAAAUGUGGAUACCAAAGGCAACGCCUUUGAUGACAACUUGGAAUUCGCCCUUAAAUCAUACCAAAAAUUCUUCAACCUCAACGUGAGUGGCAUUUUGGAUGUGGAGACUUUGGAGCUAAUGUCGCAGCCUCGAUGUGGAGUUCCCGACGUGUUUAGAAUUGAUUACACAUUUUUCCGUGAGUCGAAACCGAAAUGGCGGGCGUCCAAAUACAAUCUGAAAUACGCAUUUGUUGGGAAUUUUCCAGAACAGUACAAGGCUACAGUGCGUGAAGCCACAAACACUUGGAGUUCAGUCACUGGAUUUACAUUCACAGAAGGUAGUGUGGACAACACAGAUGUUAAAAUAAGCUUCGAAGUAGGAGAUCAUGGAGAUGGGUAUCCUUUCGUGGAGGGAAGUGGAGUAUUGGCGCAUGCUUUUGCGCCUGAAGAUGGGAGACUCCACUUCAAUACGCGGCAUGCUUGGGCGGAUGGAGCUUAUCCUUAUAAAUAUGAUGUGGGGACUGUGGCGUUGCAUGAGCUUGGACAUGUUCUUGGGCUGGGCCACAGCGCCUUUAGAUACGCUGUGAUGUGGCCACAUACACCUCCUAAUUUUGUGACGGGCCUAGACAACGACGAUGUUAAUGGAAUCAUGGCUUUGUAUAAUGGGUUUGCGGAUGCCUAG